AUGAGCGACACUAAGACCGCCACCGUUGACGGAAGAUUCAAGGCUGUAUGGGCGCUAUUCGACGAUGAUAAAUUGGGUGAGGCCAGAGCCGCGGCCGCUGAACUUCUUCGGGACCCUCAUCUCGGACCUUUCCACCAGGCCGGGAUGCGAUUAAUCAUGAUGAUGACCCCAAGCCCUGGCGUGCAUCAGCACUUGUUUGAGGCGUUUCGCCUCUUCACCGACAAGAACAGUGAUAGCAUGAGUGUCGCUGAGAAAGAAGAAAUUCGGCGGCUAAUCGAGCAUGCACGAAAGAUUAUCGACGGGUGGUUUCAUCGUGAGGUCCAGAAAAAGCUGGACAACGGUUGGACAAUGGGUCAACUCCAGGACCUGGAGAAGAAGGCCUGGGACAAAUAUGUGAAGGGGGAAAAGAUCCCCGGUGUCGUGUAUUAUGACGACGAGGUUCUCCCAGGAUCCGUUAACUACACGAGCAAGGAUUCCUGA